AUGAACUCCUUUUUUAGAAGUGAAGAAAUGUGCUUGGUCCAGCUAUUCUUUCAAACAGAAACUGCCUAUAGUUGCAUUUGUAAGCUGGGGGAACUUGGACUUGUGCAGUUUAAGGAUCUAAACCCAGGAACUGUCGCCUUCCAGCGGAAGUUUAUGAAAGAGGUCAAAAGAUGCGAAGAGAUGGAGCGAAUACUUUGGUUUCUAGAGAAGGAGAUUACAAAAUCCAACAUUCCAAUAAUGGAAGGCAGAGAAAAUGGAACGACACCUUGCCCGAGGGAUGUGCUGGAACUGGAGGCUGUCUUUGAAAAGCUAGAAAAGGAGUUAAAGGAGAUCAACUCAAAUCAUGAAGCUUUAAAACAGAACUUCACAGAAAUGAUGGAGAUUAAGCAUUUGCUCCAGAUGAUUGAAGACUUCUUUGAAGAGGCAGAAUCUCAGCUUUCCAGUUCUGAGCUCCCAUCUCAGGAUUCAGAGUCCAUGGCUGCAUCACUACGACGGACUAGCAGAAGGACGAGCAGUGUCAGUGCCGGAGGGUCCCUUAAACUGGGGUUUGUAGCUGGUGUUAUCAAGCAAGAACGAUUCCCUGCUUUUGAAAGAGUUCUGUGGAGAGUGUGCCAUGGAAAUUUUGUCUUGAGACAUGGCAAAAUUCAGGCACCGUUGGAAGAUCCUGUUGCUAGGGAGUUUGUCGAGAAGGAUGUCUUCAUCAUUUUCUUACAGGGAGAGGAAUUUAAAGGCAAGAUUAGAAAAAUAUGUGAAGGAUUCCAUGCAACUAUGUAUCCAUGCCCGGCCUCCUUAUAUGCAAGAAUGGAAAUGAGAACUCAGGUUAAGUUGCGCAUUGAGGAUCUAAACAUGGUCCUGAAGAAGACUGAUGAGCACAGGAAAAAUAUUUUAACCUCUGCAGCAGCCAGCAUUCACGAGUGGAGUAUGAAAGUGAAAAAGAUGAAAGCCAUUUAUUACACACUGAACCUCUGCAACAUAGACAUCACACAGAGGUUAAUUAUAGCUGAGAUCUGGUGUGCAGUUUCUGACCUCAGCAGAAUUCAUGCAGCAUUAGUCACAGGAUCGGAGCAGAAUGGAUCCAGUCUGGGUCCUAUAUUGAACAGAAUAAAGACAGAACAAAGCCCACCAACAUUCAACAGGACCAAUGCCUUUACUUCAGGCUUCCAAAGUAUCAUCGAUGCAUAUGGAGUGGGGAAUUACCAAGAAAUAAACCCAGCUCCAUAUAGCAUUGUUACCUUCCCAUUCCUGUUUGCUGUGAUGUUUGGAGACUGUGGACAUGGACUUAUCAUGACUCUAUUUGCUAUGUGGAUGGUUAUGCAAGAAGAACCAUUUAAAAAGCUGAAGAAUGAGCUCAGUGAUACUAUAUUUAAUGGUCGUUACAUCAUUCUUCUGAUGGGGAUUUUCUCAGUCUAUACUGGCUUCAUUUAUAACGACUGCUUCUCCAAAACAUUCAAUAUAUUUGGGUCUGCUUGGAACGUUAAAGCUAUGUUUAAGCCAAAUGGACCUUGGAGCAACCACUCAUUAGACAACUCUGCAGUGCUACAGCUGGAUCCUGCUAUCCCAGGGGUGUUUUCUGGAUAUCCUUAUCCAUUUGGCAUUGACCCUAUUUGGAAUAUUGCAUCAAAUAAAUUAACCUUCUUAAACUCUUACAAAAUGAAGAUGUCUGUGAUUGUGGGAGUUGUUCACAUGCUGUUUGGAGUCAUCCUAAGCCUAGUAAAUUACAUAUAUUUUAAGAACACACGCAACAUUUUCCUACAGUUUAUCCCUGAGAUUGUCUUCAUGGUAUGUCUUUUUGGAUAUUUGGUCUUUCUCAUCAUCUACAAGUGGUGCAUUGUAACAGUGGAUGAGUCUGAGGCAGCUCCCAGCAUUCUCCUGCUCUUUAUUAACAUGCUGCUCUUCACUUACAAUGAGCCUACAGACACUUUUCUCUACAGGAGUCAGAGAGGAGUUCAAACAUUCUUGGUUGUUACUGCUCUUUUGAUGGUACCCUGGAUGCUGUUCAUCAAGCCACUGCUAUUGUACAAAGAAGAAAAGAAUACAAAACAACUGGUGAAUUUGGGAGAUAUGUGUGUGUAUCAGGCUAUCCACACUAUUGAAUACUGCCUGGGCUGCAUUUCCAACACAGCCUCCUAUUUGCGCCUGUGGGCCCUUAGCUUGGCUCACGCUGAGCUAUCAGAGGUUCUGUGGAAGAUGGUUUUGCAGGUGGGCUUCACUGCAGGCAAUCACCUGGAAUCGGUGGUGUUGGCCGUCAUGUUUGCUGCCUUUGCUGUUCUUACUGUGGCUAUUUUGCUCGUCAUGGAGGGCCUCUCUGCAUUUCUACAUGCCCUUCGUCUGCACUGGUAG